AUGUACCUUUCCGCCUGGUGCUUCGUGCUGUGCUGGGCGCCUGCCCUGACGCUGAAGAACCUGAACUACUCGGUGCCCGAGGAGCAGGGCGCCGGCACGGUGAUCGGCAACAUCGGCCGCGAUGCCCGGCUGCAGCCCGGGCUGCCGUCGGUGGAGCGCCCCCGUGGCGGCGCCAAGUCCACCUUCCGCGUCCUGGAGAACUCGGCGCCGCACCUGCUAGACGUGGACGCCGACAGCGGCUUGCUCUACACCAAGCAGCGCCUGGACCGCGAAGCGCUGUGUCGCCGCAGCGCCAAGUGCCAGCUCUCGCUGGAGGUCUUCGCCAAUGACCAGGAGAUCUGCAUGAUCAAGGUGGAGAUCCAGGACUUGAACGACAACGCGCCCGCCUUCCCGGCCGACCAGGUGGACCUGGACAUCUCCGAGAACGCCGCGCCCGGCACGCGCUUCCCGCUGGCCAGCGCGCACGACCCGGACGCUGGCGAGAACGGGCUGCGCACCUACCUGCUCACGCGCGACGACUACGGCCUCUUCGCGCUCGACGUGAAGGCGCGCGGCGACGGCACCAAGUUCCCCGAGCUGGUGGUGCAGAAGCCGCUGGACCGCGAGGAGCAGAGCCACCACGCGCUGGUGCUGACGGCGCUGGACGGCGGCGACCCGCCGCGCUCGGGCACGGUGCAGCUGAACGUGCGCCUCAUUGACUCCAACGACAACAGCCCCGUCUUCGAGGCCGCCUCCUACGUGGUGGAGCUGCUGGAGAAUGCGCCCCUGGGCACGACGGUCAUCGACCUCAACGCCACCGACGCCGACGAGGGCACCAACGGGGAGGUGCUCUACUCCUUCAGCGGCUACACGCCCGAGCGGGUGCGUGAGCUCUUCAGCAUCGACCCACAGACGGGCCUGAUCCGGGUGAAGGGCAACCUGGACUACGAGGAGGGCGCGCUCAUUGAGAUCGACGUCCAGGCCCGUGACCUGGGGCCCAACCCCAUCCCCGCCCACUGCAAGGUCACAGUGCGCCUGGUGGACCAGAACGACAACGCGCCCUCCAUUGGCUUUGUCUCCGUGCGCCAGGGGGCCCUGAGCGAGGCUGCCCCUCCGGGCACCGUCAUUGCCCUGGUGCGGGUGACCGACAGGGACUCGGGCAAGAACGGGCAGCUGCAGUGCCGGGUGCAGGGGGACAGCAGCGGCGGGGAUGGAGCGGUGCCCUUCACCCUGGAGGAGAACUACGACAACCUGUACACGGUCGUGACAGACCGGCCCCUGGACAGGGAGGUGCAGGACGAGUACAAUGUCACCAUCCUGGCCAGAGACGGGGGCGUGCCCCCACGCAACUCCACCAAGUCCUUCACGGUGAAGGUCCUGGAUGAGAACGACAACCCGCCCCGCUUCAGCAAGAGCCUCUACGUGCUCCAGGUGCCCGAGAACAACAUCCCAGGCGAGUACCUGGGCUCUGUGCUGGCCAAGGACCCUGACCUGGGCCAGAACGGCACGGUGUCCUACUCCAUUCUGCCUGGCCACGUGGGCGAUGUCUCCAUCUACACCUACGUCUCUGUCAACCCCACCAACGGGGCCAUCUAUGCCCUGCGCAGCUUCAAUUACGAACAGACCAAGCACUUUGAGUUCCACGUGCUGGCCAAGGACUCUGGCUCCCCGCACCGGGAGAGUAACGCCACCGUCCGCGUCACCGUGCUCGACGUCAACGACAAUGCCCCCCUCAUCGUGCUGCCAGCCCUGAUCAACGACACGGCCGAGCUCCAGGUGCCCCGCAACGCUGGCGUGGGCUACCCCGUGGGCACUGUCCGUGCCUUGGAUAGCGAUUUUGGGGAGAGUGGGCGCCUCACCUACGAGAUCGUGGAGGGCAAUGAGGAGCACCUCUUUGAGAUGGACCCUACGAGUGGUGAGAUCCGCACCUUGCAUCCCUACUGGGAGGAGCUGAGCCCCGUGGCCGAGCUGGUGGUGAAGGUCAGCGACCACGGGAAGCCCAGCCUGUCGGCCGUGGCCAAGCUGAUCGUCCGCUCCUCGGCUGGGCCCCUGCCGGAAGCAGGCGAGCCCCAGGUGAAUGGCGAGCAGCACCGGCGGCCGCACUGGGACCUGUCCCUCCCCCUGAUUGUCACCCUGAGCACUGUCUCCAUCAUCCUGCUGGCCGCCAUGAUCACCAUCGCCGUGAAGUGCAAGCGCGAGAACAAGGAGAUCCGCACCUACAACUGCCGCAUCGCUGAGUACAGCCACCCCCAGCUGGGGGGGGGCAAGGGCAAGAAGAAGAAGAUCAGCAAGAACGACAUCAUGCUGGUGCCCAGCGAAGGGGAGGACAGCCGGGGACCCCUCAACGUCAUGAACGUGGUGAGCAGCCCUUCCUUGGCCACCUCGCCCAUGUAUUUUGACUACCAGACGCGCCUGCCCCUUAGCUCCCCCCGGUCCGAGGUGAUGUACCUGAAACCUGCCUCCAACAACCUGACUGUGCCGCAGGGACAUGUGGGAUGCCACACCAGCUUCACAGGCCAAGGGACUAACGUCACCGAGGCUCCCCCGAGCCGGAUGUCCAUUAUACAGACAGACAAUUUUCCCGCAGAGCCCAAUUACAUGGGCACGAGGCAGCAGUUUGUUCAAAGUAGUUCCACGUUCAAGGACCCUGAGCGAGCGAGCUUGAGGGACAGUGGGCAUGGAGACAGCGACCAAGCAGACAGUGACCAAGAUACUAACAAAGGCUCUUGUUGCGACAUGUCGGUUAGGGAGGCACUCAAGAUGAAAACGACUUCAACUAAAAGCCAGCCACUCGAACAAGAGCAAGAGGAGUGCGUUAAUUGCACAGACGAAUGCCGAGUGCUUGGUCAUUCUGACAGAUGUUGGAUGCCCCAGUUCCCCACUGCCAACCAGGCUGAAAAUGCAGACUAUCGAACAAAUCUCUUUGUCCCCACAGUGGAAGCGAACGUUGAGACUGAGACUUACGAAACUGUGAACCCCACAGGGAAAAAGACUUUUUGUACAUUUGGGAAAGACAAGCGAGAGCACACUAUUCUCAUUGCCAAUGUAAAACCUUAUCUCAAAGCCAAACGUGCCCUGAGUCCCCUCCUUCAGGAGGUUCCUUCAGCAUCCAGCAGCCCAACCAAGACCUGCAUUGAGCCUUGCACCUCCACAAAAGGACCGCUGGAGAGUUGCGAAGCCAAGACGGGACCCUUGGCUGACCCCAACAGCCAGUACGUGACGGCCACCGACAGCCCGUAUCUGUCGCCCAGUAAACAGUCCGGAAGUGCUCCCUUCCUCUCCUCUGAUCCCAUGGCUAGGGUCUUUGCAGAGGUGCAUUCCCGAGUGAGCCGAGACCCCACUGAGAUGGACUCUGUGUUGGAGCAGAUCGAGCGUUCCAACAGGGAACUAGGCAGAGAGUCCGUGGAUGCAGAAGAAGUCGUGCGGGAGAUUGACAAGCUUCUACAGGACUGUCGGGGGAAUGACCCUGUGGCUGUGAGGAAAUGA